AUGACAAGAUGCCCAAGAAUUAUCGAACCGCUUCUUCGUCGACGCAGAGAAGAGGUCAGCAAUAUUCUGAAAAAUUAUAAAAUAGUUGAUUGUCUUCCAGGAAAAAGUCAAAAGAGCUAUGCGCCUUUUAAGAUAUAAAAGACGUCAUCCAACUGCGCCAACUCCAGACACUUCUGAUGAAGAAUUUGGGGUAUGUGCUUUUCAAAUCACACAAUUGUUUAAAAAAACAAACAUCUAUUUGAAUGUUUCAGGCAAGUGAAGAAGAUGAAGAACUUGAACAUUCUGAUGAUGAAUCAGAUGUUGAAGAUGAACAAGAAAUGGAAGAAGAAAAUGAUAAUUAUGUAGAUGAUGAAGAAGAACACGUAGAAUAUGAGAAUGUGAACCAAGAGAUCGAACUUCCAGAUUGCAGCUCAGAAAGUAGCUAUUCUCCAAGAUCAGAUGAAAGCGGAAACGAGAGCGAUGACUCAAUAAAAUCUGAUGAAAACGACAAGGAAGAGGAGAAACCACAAAUUUAUAUUGAUAAUAAAAAUGUUAAAUAG